AAAAAGAAUUCUAUUCCACAACAUUCUAUUUGUUCUUUAUUGUUUUAUCCUUGUUCAUUAUGAAAAUAUUUGUGCUUUCGUCUAUUAUAGUCUUUAUCUUUGCUUCUCUGGUUGCUGGUGUACCUUUAUCUGAAGGCCAAACCAAGUUCCAAUUCAAAGGGAUAGAAAGGAAUUUCGCAAAGCGAGACGCUAUUCUCACUGAAAAUCUACUUAAUAAUAACCUUGGCGGUGGAUUUAAGCAAGAUUCGCUGGCUUUGGACCCUAAUGCUGAUGUGAAAAAAUUAAAAGAAAUGGAAGCUGAACUAGCACGCCAGGUUGCAGUAGAUGAAGCAGUGAAGAUAAGGUGGCAAGAGCGAUUAGAGCUUGAAAAAGCAAAGAAAGGAAACGAAGAUAAAGGUAAAGGACAGACAGAAAAGGGACAAGACAAAAUCAAUAAGGACCCAGUCAAAGAACCUACUCAGGAACAACAUCAAGAAGAAGAGAAUGACGAUGAAGAAGCUGUUGAUAAAAAUGUUGAUAGCAAUAAUGAAAAGGCUGUUGAUGAUGAUACAGAAGUUGCUGAUAAUGUUGAAGAGGCUGUUAAUAAUGAUGAAAGGGUUGCUGAUAAUGAUGAAAAGGCUGCUGAUGACAAUGAUGAAAAGGUUGCCGAUGAUAGCGAUAAAGACAUUACUGAUGACAAUGUUGGCGGUGAUGCUGAUAAUGACAUUGGUGGUGAUAUCGAUAAUGACACAUAUAAUGAAAACGAAUAUAAUGAUGACAAUAGUGAUUAUGACGGUGCUGAUAAUAGUGAUUAUUAUGAUGGCUAUAAUGAUGAUGAUUAUGAUGAAAACUAUGGCAUUAACUAUGGUAACAACGAUGGCUAUGAUGAUAAUAACAACGAUAGCAACAACUACUACGAUGAUGGCUAUAAUGACAAUAGCAACGAUGGUAGCAACUACUAUGAUGAUGGCCAUAACGGC